AUGGCCGAAAGCAAUGCAACCGGCUCCAAAGCUUCUACUUCCCUCGCCAUCGAAAUCUUCACACAGUCCCUCUCAUUAUUAAUGGCAAAGACGUCAUUACAGACGAAACUAUCUGACCAACACGUUCUCGACGCUGUACAUGCAGCAAAGACGGCCUUCCCGAGCUGGUCUGCGACAAAGCCAUCCGAACGCAGGGAUAUCUUUCUUCGCGCUGCCGAUAUAUUUGCUAAACGCAAGGGCGAGCUAUCUGGCUAUAUAAGAGAAGAGAUCGGUGCAAGCAAAGAAUACCAGGAGUUCAUUAUCGGUCUAGCCAUCGAAGGCUUGAGGGAUACUGCCGGGAGGAUUGCUGGAGCUGUUACGGGCCAGAUACCCGUAUCAAUUCACCCAGAUACAUCGGCACUUGUUCUCAAAAGACCUUAUGGAGUUGUUCUUGGCAUUGCGCCUUGGAACGCCCCUUAUCACCUUGGUCUUCGAUCCAUAACAUUCCCACUGGCUACUGGCAACACUGCUAUUCUGAAGGGACCUGAACUCUCUCCAAGAUGCUACUGGGCGUUCUCAGACGUGUUCAGGGAAGCAGGACUCCCCGAUGGCGUUCUAAACACCAUUUUCCACAAACCGUCUGAUGCUGCAGUGGUCACAGACCAGCUGAUUGCUCAUCCAGAUAUCAAGAAAAUUAACUUCACUGGCAGCUCAAAGGUUGGAAGUAUUAUAUCUGCCACCGCGGGGAAGCACUUGAAACCUGUCCUGAUGGAGCUUGGAGGAAAAGCCAGUGCCUUGGUUCUUGAGGAUGCCGACUUGGACAAUGCUGCUGUCCAGUGUACAUUGGGGGCCUUUCUGAAUGCCGGCCAGAUAUGCAUGUCGACAGAACGUAUUCUCGUUCACUCAUCCAUUGCUGACGUAUUCAAAACCAAACUCCAGAAUACGAUAAAGGCCAUGUUUGGAUCAUCCGAGACAACGCCAGUCUUGGUGACGGCUGGUUCUGCCAAGAGAAACCGCGAUCUUGUCAACAACGCACUUGCUCAGGGGGCCGAAGUAGUCUAUGGCGACCCUCAACCCGUUGAGGGCGCAGCGACCAAGAUGACGCCAGUAGUUUUGACAAACAUGAACAAGAACAUGGAUAUCUACAAGACAGAAUCCUUUGGCCCCAGUGUAUCACUCUUCACAUUCAACGAUGAGGAUGAGGCAUUGAAGCUGGUUAAUGAUACGGAUUAUGGACUGUCUGCCUCUAUCUUCACCAAGGAUCUCAACAAAGCAUUUUCACUGGCGGAGAAGAUCGACUCUGGUGCUGUGCAUAUCAACUCUAUGUCUGUUCAUGAUGAGUUUGCGCUGCCCCACGGUGGAGUCAAAAGCAGCGGGUUCGGGCGGUUCAACGGCUACCAAGGUUUGGACGAGUUCCUUUACUACAAGACAGUUACGUGGACACAGUAA